UUGACUGUGGCGUCGCAGUGUGCGGUUGUGAGGACGGUUGUAUGAGAUGUGAGGAGCAGAGCGGGCUGGUGUUGUUCGGGGUAAUUUUGAUGGUCAGUUUGGAGAGACAGUGACGGAAGAUGUCUGUUAAUAUAUAGGCGGUCGGGCGGCACGGUUCAUUGUAAUUAUUAUUUUAUUUAUUUGUUAAUUUAUUUAUCCAAUGCGCUGCUCCGCCUGGGCCGCUGGUCUCCAUUGCUGUCGCCCUUUCAGAAGAUCAGUACAGCCGGACAGCUAACCGGGGGGACUCGGCUCAUUCCCUCAUCAUGAGGCUGUCUCUGGUCCUGCUGAAGAACGCCUCUAAUCCGAAGAUCGAGUACUACUCCCGCUUUUCUCCCUCUCCUCUCUCCAUCAAACAGUUCCUGGAAUUCGGUAGAGACAAUGCAUGUGAGAAAACUUCAUACAUGUUCCUGCGAAAGGAGUUGCCUGUACGGCUGGCCAACACCAUGCGAGAGGUCAACCUGCUGCCUGACAAGCUGCUGAGUCAGCCCUCCGUCAGACUGGUACAGAAAUGGUACAUGCAGAGCUUUGUGGAAUUACUCGAGUAUGAAAAUAGGAGCCCAGAUGACCCACAUGCCCUGAAUGACUUUUUGGAGGCCCUUAUUGAAAUCCGAAACAGACACAAUGACGUGGUCCCCACCAUGGCCCAGGGGUUGAUCGAGUAUAAGGAGAAGUUUGGAUUUGACCCUUUUGUCACCUCUAACAUCCAGUACUUCCUGGACCGCUUCUACACCAACCGCAUCUCCUUCCGCAUGCUCAUCAACCAGCAUACACUCCUCUUUGGCAACGAUACAAAUCCAGCACAUCCCAAACACAUCGGCAGCAUUGAUCCUGCAUGCAGUGUGGCUGAUGUAGUGACUGAUGCGUUUGAGACAGCCAAGAUGCUGUGUGAGCAAUACUACCCUGCUGCCCCGGGGCUGAAGAUCGAGGAGUUCAAUGCUAAAGCACCUAAGAAGCCCAUCCAGGCUGUGUAUGUGCCCUCUCACCUCUUCCACAUGCUGUUUGAACUGUUCAAGAAUGCAAUGCGAGCUACAGUGGAGCACCAUGAAGAAGAUGAGACAGACCUUCCAAUUAUUAAAGCUAAAGUAACUUUAGGGAAGGAGGACCUGUCUAUAAAGAUCAGUGACAAGGGUGGGGGUGUGGCUCUAAGGAAGAUUGAUAGGCUCUUCAACUAUACCUAUUCCACUGCACCAACACCCAGCCUGGAGUCCAAACGAGUACCACUGGCUGGAUUUGGCCAUGGCCUGCCGAUCUCCAGACUGUACGCUCGCUACUUUCAGGGAGACCUGAAGCUGUACUCAAUGGAAGGAGUGGGGACAGAUGCUGUCAUCUAUCUGAAGGCUCUCUCCAGUGAGUCGUUUGAGCGAUUGCCAGUCUUUAAUAAGUCUGCUUGGCGGCACUAUCAGGGAGGCCCUGGGGCGGAUGACUGGAGCAAUCCCAGCAAAGAGCCGCGGGAUACUUCAAAGUACAAGGCGAAAAGAUAAGCGUCCCUCCUUCCAUCGCUGCCUGGCUCCCCAAACACUGCACUUUCGCCGGUCUCCACUUCCCUCUUUAGUCUAGAUUCUGUUUCAGUGGCAGCACCACAUCAAUAUUAAGAGUUCUGUGCUUUUCAAAAAUCCUGCGGUACAGACGAGUAGAGUAGAGUAGAGCCUUUGGGGGGGAGUAGAAUGCAGUUUCUUAAAUCUCUGCUCUGUCCUCCUCUGUUCAGCAUGAAGCAUUGGUUACAGUGCCCCAUUGUGGUGUGUCCUGAAAUGGCAGAAAUCUUUUGGCUACAUACAUACCAAUGAACUCCGAACAUAUGGAAAUGUUUGUAAAAUCCAGAGUCCACACAUUAUCCUGAGCUGCCCUUUCACACAUGCAGGGUACUGGGGAUUUUGUCACUACAGGCAGUGUUCUCAGUUGUUUAGAAAAGAGAUCAAUCUGAAUAGAAUUCCCUGGAAAAUUCCAAGCUCUACUUGCACAUGGGUUCACUCGGACAUUACCCUGACUUUGUACUAGGGGUCUGGCAGGAUAAAGUUUGGGUAAUGUCUGGUUACAUCCAGAAAAGUCUGGAAAAGGUUUACCAGGGUUACCAUGCAUGUGUUAAAGGGGCUUUAGUGAACUAUGUUGUCGGAAAUUAGUUUAAAAUGUAUUCCAGAAUAUUCCUUUAACCAACACUGUCAUCAUUCCAUAAAACCAUGAGAUAUCAUGGUUGAAAUACAAAGGACGUAAUAUAUUUAAUUUUUAAGGUAGACUAAGUACCUUUGGGAAGCACCUAAAUGUUAUAUAGAGGAAUUAUUAUCUUAGAGGAUUUAUAAAAUGUUAUGCAUUUAUUUGCAUAUAAACUAUUCACUUUAUAACCACUUGGUUGUCGUCUCGAGGGAUGUGCAAGUAAGUAGAGUUGUGACUGCCGUUUUAGAAAAGUGUUCUAUUUGUCUAUGCCUAAGGGACCGUAGGGGCAUUAGAAGCGCUCAUAGCAGCCUGAGCUUCCUGUCACUGUAACAGCAGUUUACAGUCAAUGAGACUAUGAUAAAAAAGAAGAAGAAGAAAAGAACCAGCAGAACAAAGAUUAAUGCAAUGACAGCCUUUCAUUUAAUUAGCUUUACAGGUUACACCUCAACCUAUUUUUCCAAUUUGUGACAAAUAGCCUUCAUCCAUCGAAAAGCCUGUUAUACUCCGCAAUGUUUACACAUCCUUGUGGCCAGCAUGAAGGGAAACUCCACCUUUUUGUUGUCUUAUGCAUCAGCAGUCUGUGAAGUUGGAUGCUUUAGUCUUUCUUUUCCAGUAUCUUCAUCCACUACCAGCAUGCCAAUAUGAACAAUGCAGCUCUGAAAGAAGAAGGAGGCCUUCUGAAAUGUCUGUUUUUAUCUAGUUUAGUGGUGGCUUCAUAAACGGUAUCUGUUUUUUUUUUCUCCUUAAUGUUUAUGCCUCAAUUUCCUGAAACUGCAUUGUAUGUUCAUAUUAAGAUUUGUGUUUUGUAUCCUGUGCUUUGAGGCGGUGUGCACAUUUUAGGACCUUUUAGGACAUUUUUUUUAAUAUUGGGACCUUUGGGCUUUUCUCCAGGUGUACUGUGUUUUUAUUAUAUCUUAUUUAAAUGAAAGUUAAAGUUGAUAAAUGAAAGCCACCACAUUAACAUUAUGCACAUAUGAUUGUGGUAGCUGUCCUAGAUGUCCUAGUAUUUUUAAAGUCUCUAUAAAUUAUUAUUAUUUAAGCUCAUUUCAUUAUAUACAUUUUAUAUGGGACAUUUUUCUUGAGGAUGGAUUUUCCAGCCAAGGAUUUAAAAAAUGAUUCUUUAGUGCUGAAGUUACAAGGUGAGGGCACUAGAUAGCAAACUGUUUUCCAGAAAUACCUAAACUGUUUUCCAUAGAUUCGCCUUUACACAUUUUUCUUAACCCACUAAAUCACCUUCAGGUCUUCAUUAUGGUUUUUAUAGACUUGUAAUUGUGGGUUAGGAUGCAUUUUGCCUUGCCCUUACCUUUUUUUUCGUGCAGCUAAAUGCUGGAGGAGCAAUUUUAGACUAUUCAUUAUCAGACUGAAGUGACUAUAUGUGAAACCUUUUUUUUUAAAGCUGUGUGGAUUGUCAAUUCUUAUCUUUUCAAAUCAGAUUUAAGUCACUUUUUGUGGUUCUAGAUUUGAUGUGUAUCCGAUUUGUGGGCAUGGGCACGAGUAUGAUUGGUCAGAUUGGAUUUCAUGCAUCCUUUUGCCUGUAGGAGAGAAAGAUAGCAGAUUCUGAGCAAAAUAAAUCUGGAUUGAUUACUGAGGCUAGUAAUGUAAACACAGCAUUAGGUGCAGAAUUCUAAUCUGACUUCUCUAAACUCUGUUCAUGUUUAUAGGUUACAUAAGUCAUACUGUGCCCAGAAUCUUACAAUCAAUAAAAGUGGUUUAAUUGGGUUGAGAGUGUGACAGGUAUGUAUUUAUGGGAAAUGAGUUUGAUGACUUGACUUUUAAUGUAUUUUAGCAAUGUUAGCCUUGUAGCUAAUAAAAAAAUUCUGAAUUUGGA